AUGCCUCGGAGACCAUCAGGAAGGAGAUUUUCAAAGCAUCAACCUUUGGGAUUUUCACCGUUUAUGCGGUCACUUGCUAUAGCUUCAACGUCAAGGCGUGAAUUGCCUCAUCAUCAAGACUCUCAAUCUCAAGGUUCUGAGGAGAUGUCUUUUGAUGAAAGGCUCCCAAAUUUAUCUAAAAAGGAGAAAAAGGAACAAACUUCAGACUCCUCUGAAUCUGAUGAAGAAGACUCUCAGGGAGAUGUCCAAGCAGACUUUGAGUUCUUUGAUCCUAAAACUACAGACUUCAACGGAGUCAAGAUCCUCCUGAAAAACUAUCUUGAUGACAAGGAAUGGGAUCUGAGCAGUUUUGUUGAUUUGAUACUGGAACAGACGACAGUAGGAACCGUCGUGAAAGUAGCAGAUGAUGAGGACGAGUCGGUCUUCGCUGUUGUCUCUGCUCUUAACUUGGCAAGAUACAAGGAGAACAAAUGCUUCAGAGAGCUAAAAGAGUUUCUUCUUAAAGUUUGUUCAGAGAAGAGUAUAGCGAGUGAUCUUGAACUGCUUUUAGAGAAAAAAGCACAAGAUGUUGGUUUAUUGGUAUCCCAAAGAGUGAUGAAUCUUCCUCCACAGCUUCUUCCUCCACUGUACGAUGGAUUGUUCGAUGAAGUCUCAUGGGCCACUGAAGAUGAGCCUACAGAGAAGCUUCGUAGCUCAUUCCGCUUCAAGUCGUAUAUUCUAGUCACCAAGAUUUACAAGCUGAAGAAUCCAAAGCAGAGAAAACCUCGUCGUGGUGAAGAAGAGGAUGAUGAAACAAUAUUCCUUAAGCCUGAAGAUGAACUUUUCCUCGAGCUUAGCUCUUGGUCCUUCACAUUCCCUAUGCGCUCACAGCUCGUGACUUCUCAAGAAAUGAAGAAUUAUCAGCUGAUGGGUCUAGUGAUGGCUGUGGAAGCAAAAAAGAUUCCUGAAUUCAGACAGAAGUUGACUUCUCUCAUUGAUGAAUAA